AGAGCACUUUCUUUUUCGCGGCUUACAAUUACCCGCAGAAGGCAACGACUCGUUUUCAACAAGAAACAGCGACACUUCGACCACAUAGACCACAGCGAGAGGAACGCCUUCCGCGGGACGAAGAGCACCCAUCCACAGACGGGCCCCCGAGAGGAACUUGAACCGUCUUAGGCAAAGAGGCCUUCACUGGAGCAGGAGGAAAGAAAAACGGACCUUUUUGUGGACUUUCGCCACCUACGUAGAUAGUCACUAGUCGAAAUGGGAAAGCAGAAGAAGGAGAAAACCCGCCAGGCGGCCGAAAAGACCACUGGGUCAGGCCACUCCCUCAGCAAUGUCACCCAUGUGAAGGGAGUCAACUUCUACCGUGACGCAAAGAAAGUGCGUCAGGUGAACAUGCUGAAGGGUGGAAAAGCUACCAGGAACGCCGAUGGAAAGAUCAUCAAGGCCGCCGAGUACCAGACUCGCUUGGCUCCUGGAACACAAGCGAGGAUUGCUCCGGACAGGAAUUGGUUCACAAACACUCGAACCAUUGGUCAAAAUGCCUUGAAUAGCUUUCGCGAAGCUAUGGCCACCAAGGCCGAUGACCCCUACACGGUCAUUAUGCGUCAGAACAAGCUACCCAUGAGUUUACUGACUGACCCUACCAAGGUUGCCUCCAUGAAAUUGCUUGAAGUUGACCCUUUUGCCAACACAUUCGGCCCCAAAGCACAAAGGAAGCGACCAAAGCUGAAGGCCGGAUCUUUGGAUGAUCUGGCAACGAACGUCGAGACCUCUUUGGAUGGCUAUGACACCACCAAGGACGGACGACUCUUGGCCAACGUGAGGACAGAUGGACAGAUCGACGGAGCGCAAGACCCUUUCUUGCGUGCUGGGCAAUCGAAGCGUAUCUGGAAUGAACUCUACAAGGUGCUGGAUUCCUCUGACGUCGUCAUCCACGUUCUUGACGCGAGAGACCCGAUCGGAACGCGGUGCAAAAACGUUGAGAAGUUCAUGAGAGAGGAGGCCAAACACAAACAUCUCAUCUUCGUCCUGAACAAGUGUGAUCUUGUUCCCACGUGGGUUACGGCGAAAUGGGUGAAGAUUCUGUCGCAAGAAUACCCCACGCUGGCUUUCCACGCCAGCAUUAACAACUCCUUCGGAAAGGGAUCUCUUAUCCAAUUAUUGCGUCAAUUCAGCAAGCUUCACUCUGACAAGAAGCAAAUCUCGGUCGGAUUCUUUGGGUACCCCAACACCGGGAAGAGUUCCAUCAUCAACACUUUGAGACAGAAGAAGGUCUGCACAGUCGCACCCAUUCCUGGAGAAACCAAGGUCUGGCAAUACAUUACCUUGAUGAAGCGCAUCUACCUGAUCGAUUGCCCCGGUGUCGUCGCCCCGUCCAUGGAAGACUCUGAGACCGACUUGGUGUUGCGCGGUGUGACCCGUAUCGAGAACAUUGCUGGACCUGAGCAUCACAUCCCCGCCGUGUUGGAACGUGUGCGUCCUGAAUACAUGCGCCGGACGUAUGGAGUCAGGGAGUGGGAGGACUCGGUGGACUUCCUAAGUCAAGUUGCUCGGUCGAGUGGAAAGCUGCUGAAGGGAGGAGAAGCUGAUUUGAACACGGUCGCCAAGAUGAUUCUGAACGACUGGCUUCGCGGCAAGAUCCCAUACUACACCAUGCCCCCUGACUCACCCGAGUUUGAGGCAGCUGCUGCUGCUAACGCUGCUGCUGAGAGCGCUGUACCCAUGGUGCAACAGCUCUUCAGCAAGAUUCCAGUUACCGCCAAAUUCCUCCCCGACGACAUGAAGCGGAAGCAACCAGAGACUGCCGAGGACGAGGCUGCCGAGGAGGCAUCUGCGAACGGCGACGAGACUGUGGUUGCGGACGACGAAGAUGUUGAUAAGGAGGCUACGGCGGAAGUCACUGAUUGGGAUGAGGUUUUCGAGAGUGUGGUAGGAGAGGAGGCGCCCUUCGUAGAGAAGGAAGCGGAGGUUGAGGAUGCCGCCCAAGCGGAUGACGAUGACCAGGAGGACAUCUCGGAUGCCGAGUCAUCUGCAGAAGAGGAAGAAGAGGAGACGAAGGUAGUCGAGGAGAAGCCCUCCACCAAAGGCAAAUCCACAAAGACACCAGUCAAGGCGAAAGCAGACAAUAAAGCCCCCAGCAAAGCAGCCGCGAGCAAAAACAAGCGUGCCCGUGACGCCGAUGCCGACGAGGACCCAGCGGACGCCGACAAGGGCCGCACGCGCAAGUCCCCGCGCAUGACGACCAACAAGAAGAAGGUCGGAGAGCAUUACUACGAGACCGCCAACGUGAAGAAUAAGAACCGCAAGAAGUCGAAGCCUGUAGAUCCCAACACCCUGGCGAAGAAGUUGCAAGGGAAGGGAACGAAGAGGAACUAGGGUUUUGGUGGAGCUUAGCCGUAGUGGUUAGCGUAUCAUUAUCAGCCAGCAAUAGCAUUUCUUGGACCUCGCCACUGUUCCAAAGCCGUUUUGCAAAUGCCAGCCGUAUCUUAAACGUGUAGAUAAUUUCCCAUUGCAUUUUUUUAUCUUUAUUAUUGUAACAUGAAAGACAUUACAGCAUAGACGUGUGGACGUUGCCCUUUUGCCCACCACCCACCUGCGGAACAACAAAGCCUCGUAUGUGCAACUCCUCUCUUAU